CUUCUUAGUAACAAUUUCUCAUUUCCUCCUUCCACUACGAAGGACUUAAUUCUCUUUCCCAUCACGUUACUCUCCACUCAAUGGCCCGCAUUAAAAAGGGUGUCUUCUCGUGGGAGGAUGUACUGGCCCAUCGAUACCAGAACAACAAACCCCCUCCUCUCCCCUAUCCCCGCCACUCAUCUUCCCCUCAUACCCCACAAUCCCAACCCAAAUGCGCCAUCCUCACCCGCCUCUCCCCCGAACUCCGCCUCAUAAUCUGGGAAAUGGUCCUGGGCGGCCACAGACUACACAUCAUUCAACGAAGCGGUCAACGACUCGGCCACAUCAUUUGUCCACUAUGCCCUGAAGGGGGAGCUAGAAUUCGAUCUCGCUCUAGUCCCGGGCCGAGGUCGAGGUUGGACUUUUCUAACAAGAUUACUAUUGCGCGAGGCGUGGGGGACAGGGACAGGGACACAUUUUGCGAGAUUUGUCAGGGGGCAGGUAUUGCGCAGCCUGUUAAGGAGGGGGAUUCGUGGGGUUUUGGUGUUGCUGGUCGCAAUAGGAAUGGGUUGUUGGGGCUUGUGUUGACGUGUCGGCAAAUGUAUGGAUCAACCGAAUCCCUCCACCUCCUCUACACCAAAAACACCUUUGAAUUCAGCAACCCCUGGUCCCUCCCCUACCUCCAACCCACAAUCCCACCCGAAUACUGGUCCUGCAUUCGAGCCGUGGAACUCCGCUGGUCCUUCCCAGGCCACUGGUUACCAACGAAAGAUCCCGUUCGCGCGAUAUACGUUUCCGCCGGCCGGGCACAGUGGGAAGAGGGAGGGGGGGGAUAUAAGGUAGAAGAGCAGGAGGAAGGGGAUUUGAUGGAGUGGAGGAGAAGGAGUAGGGAGAGUACUUUGGAUGAGGAGAUGAGUUUGAGUUUGGGUGAGUCGAGGGAUAGUUUUGAGUCGAGUUCUGGAUCGUCUCGGUUGAUGGGGAGUUCGACGUCGAGUUUGAGGUCUGAGGUGUUAGGGUCGUCUUGUUCUUCUCUUGAGUCUGGAGGAGGGAUGGGGUUGAUGGGUGUGGGCAAGGGUGAUGCUGAUGCUGAUAUCGAGGUUGAUGGUGCCUUGGCUACGUGGGAGCUUCGAUUGCAGGGUCAGUCGUAUUAUGACCAUGAGGUGGGUCAGAUUGGGAAUGAUUUGUGGCGGAAAGGGAUUGAUUGUUGGAUCUCGACGGUGUGAGAUGAUCCCAUUGAAGCAUGUGUGCUGGGGAACCCGAUUUUCCUCCAUACUCUUACCCUCCCCUGCCUUCUGCAUAUCUAUACGUACAGCAAGAUGCGUAUCCGGUGUGAUAUGAUUGACCGCAAAAGGCAGAAUAUCGCAUAUCCUGCAUUGUCUUAUCUUGUACUACACUGAAGUCAGCGAUCCCUAGAUAUCAAGAAAAAAAGCAACAAUCUACAUAGCAAGGUAAUUAAUAACAAUCCAUGCACCUUCCAAGUUGAUCCACAACUCGG